AUGGCUCCUCGGAAGGCUCUGGCAGGCCAGAAUGCAUCGCAGGGUGUAGCGAACCAGGCGGUUGUCGUAGGGAUACAGAAGGAUGCAUCAAAGAGGCGUCUCGAUGAAGGCACCAGUGACACGAUAGGGACCUCGAAACGAGUGCGAAAGACAGUCCAAGGACAGUCUGCCACAAGGGGGUUUGUAAAUCCUUUCACACUGAAUAGAUCUUCAGCAGUACACCCUACCAACCAGCAGGCAGCAGCCAUAACACACCUCGUACCUCCUGGGUCUCUUCCUCCUCACCCUCCACAGUCCUUCGAUCAUAUGCUGCCCCACCACCAACAAUAUGAUGCAUAUAUGCGCCCUACCAGUACCGAUCCCGAGCUGGAGCCAUUAGAUACAAGGGACACUCCAUCGGAGAGUGACAAUGUACCGAUAGAUCCAGCUAUAUGGGAACAAGAGUCAACCAUACUGUCCACGGCAUUGCCACGAGACCACGGCACCGAUAUCAAACUUGAAUCAGUGUCCCUGACAUUGACUGCAUCUUCACUCACUUUGUUGGAUGCCCUCACAACACCAUUGCGUUUGUCAUCUGUGGCUCCUCAACUGUCAGCAAGCAAUAGAUAUGUAUCUGCAACUCCUACCAAAUCGAUCACGAGCACACGCGCAGCUGUCGUCAUUCCCAAAUGGCUCACUGAUACCAUAAGACGUCUUGAGAACGACGUCAAGUCCCACAAAGAGAAGCUAGAAGAGACCGAAGAUCUUCUUCAAGAACAAACUGCGGAAUUAAACGAGCUUCGUCAGCUGAUUGCAAUGCUACACGAUGAUCAGACUCAGCUUGGAGAAGACGUCGACAAAACACGUGUAUCUCUUGACUCUGUCCGUUCGAACAUUGAUGUCAUCACAAAGUCAUUGGAAGGUAGUGGGGAACCGUCAAAAGUGAAGGUUGCACAUGCGGCAGGUGAGAAUGCGAAGGAUAAUAUCUGGAAUACUGGAGUUCGGAAGACCUUCUUAAAGGCAAUAGGUGUGAUGAAGGCGAGCACGAUCAAGGAGUAUCAUCCAAAUGAAGAUGGAUCGCAAAUCACAGGCGAACAGGUUCGACCAGACUUCAGCAAGGAUUGGAGCGACAAUGCAUCUUGGCACACGCACCUCGUCCAAUAUGUUAGGGACAACAUUCGAUCAUGCCACCCAAUCAUCUCUGCUGAACUCAUCAAUUCAAAGACGGAUGACGACAUUCUUAAGCACUUACAUGAAAAUUUCAAACAUUAUGCUGCAGACUACCGCACUGCAAAUAAGCUCUCGUUGAUCACCGGAAAGGCUAAGGGUAAGAUUGACCCACAGGUCGCUCGCAGGGAAGUGCGGAAGAGAAUGAAACUAGAGGAACGAAUCAGUUCACAGACGAAAUCCGAUCUCACAAAUAUGCAAUGGGACUUUGCCUUUACCUUGCCAUACCAGAGCACCGACAAGAGUGUGCAAUCGGAAGACGAUCGUGGAGGUAUCGAUCCAGACACUGAUGAGGAGAAAGACCUUCAUAAGAAGCCUGCAAAAGUCAAGGGUAAGAGAAAGGCCCCAUCCAAGGAAGCUUGGGUGACUCAUCAUGACAAGUACCGAGCAUUGUUGCUGAAUCAAGCCAUGGACCAUUUGAACGACAUUGUACUUGAAAACAAGAAAGAGAAUAAAAAACCUGGUCGCCGUCAUCCUCGAACCAUUGGUGAACCAAGGGAUAGAAACUUGCUGGAUGUUAAGACAGGCUUGAAGAUACCGAUUGGCUUGAUCAACGCUGGUUGGUUGCAAGCGCACCUGCAAGACCUGUCAAGAUAUGAUAGAACUAUUGUCAUGACUCCUGACUCGGAUGACGAAGGCAACACUGCCAAACCUCACGACUGGCAUGACGAUGACCUUGCAGAUGACGAACAAGAGGGGCUUCUUGUUGGCGACGAAUUUGACUAG